GAUAAAGAUGCAUUCGUGAAAACCUUAACUGGGAAGACCAUCACCCUCGAGGUCGAAAGCAGCGACACAAUUGAUAAUGUUAAGGCUAAGAUCCAAGACAAGGAAGGAAUUCCUCCGGAUCAGCAGCGUUUGAUAGUCGCGGGAAAGCAGCUGGAAUAUGGCCGUACCCUAGCUGACUAUAACAUUCAGAAAGAGUCGACGCUGUAUCUUGUAUUGAGACUUCGUGGUGGGAUCAUAUAGCCUUCCUUGUUGGCUUUGGCCCGCGAAUACAAUCAAGACAAGAUGAUUUGCCGCAAGUAAAAAAAUACGUUCUGCUUUUGUGGUUGUAUUAUCGUUUGCCCUCAAGUUGAAUUUUCCAUACUUCCAUACUUGUAGAUAUUUUAAUUCCUUUGCCGGUUCUCUUGUACCAUUCUGGCAAGGUUGAUGGCGAAAUAUGGGAAUAGCAAUCCAAACAGUUGUAUUUUGCUUGGAUGUAUGGUGUUAAUUCCUCAAUGUAGCGGAAAUUUUAAAUCAAAGAAUGAUUUACUCUUGUACUUUGCAAACACUGCUCAUGUAGCAUUGAUUUGAUUGCAGGAUUCUA